AUGACUUUUCAGGUCGGUGAUCAGGUUCUACUGAAGGUAUCACCUAUGAAAGGAGCCAUAAUGUUUGGUAAGAAAGGUAAUCUUAGCCCUCGCUACAUUGGUCCAUUCGAGGUUCUUGAAGGUGUGAGGCCAGUGGAUUGCAUGUUAGCACUGCCACCCAACCUAUCUGGGGUUCAUCCAGUGUUUGAUGUGUCUAUGCUAAAGAAAGGCCAUGGAGAUGGAGACUAUAUCAUUAAAUGGGACUCAAUUGUGUUGGACAAGGACUUGCGAUAUGAAGAGGAACUUAUUGUGAUUCUUGGUCAGAAUGUUCAGAAGCUGAGGACAAAGGAGAUCAAAUCAAAG